AUGAGACCACACUCAGCCAUUGGGAAUCCUCUGCAUCCUGUCGCUCAUUGGCAUACUGCUUUGGGCGCUGCAUAUUUCAAUCGUAUUCCGGGCCAGUGGUGCGUAUUUCUUGGUCUGAAUCGGUCAGAUGAAAUCCCUGAGACACUGAAAUCCGCUCCGAAGAAUGGCCCCAAGAAAGCUUUGCCCAAACCAACGGGUAAGGCAGGUAAGAAACACAAAAUGAUGAAGCAUGUUCACCCCGAUACUGGCAUCUCCUCCAAGGCCAUGAGCACCAUGAACUCGUUCAUCAACGACAUCUUCGAUCGAAUCGGGGGCGAGGCUUCCCGCUUGGCUCACUACAACAAGCGGUCAACCAUCACUUCCCGGAAGAUCCAGACCGCCGUGCGCCUGCUGCUGCUCAGGGAGCUGGCCAAGCACGCUGUGUCCGAAGGGAAAAAGGCGGUGACCAAGAACAACAGCAAAAAGUAA